CAAAUAUAUAAUUAUUCUAUUUUUCAAAUUUUAUGGACGUAAUUGAACUACUUUAAAUUUUAGAGGAUUAUAAUUGAGAGGGUUUCUAUUGUAAGAUGUUAUUUUCCUCUUUUCUUUUCGCUCCCAUGUUCCUGCUCCAAAAACCUAGCCAGCAACACAGCACAUACACAUGCUCGCUCUUUGUCGCUCGUCCUUCCUUUUUAUUCAAAAGCCUGUUUAUUAAGGCUUCCCCCAAAAACGACAUAACAAACAAAUUCUGCUUUUCCAAUUCAUCAAACUUUAACUGAAAAGUAAAUUCUUUUUCUUUUUGUUUCUUUUCCAUUUCUAGUAAUUAUAAGACAACAACAAUAACAAUGUUAGUUUCUUCAUCAUCUCGUUAUAACUUCUCUAACGAACUCAAUGCUGCCGCCGCCGGCGGCGGUCCGAUCAAACAAUAUGUAGUGAGUGUUAAAGUAUCUACUUCGUUGAGAUAUCCUAGUCCUAUAACUAAUAAUCCUCGAUCCAACUCCAUUUCUAGACUCCAAUGCAUUAAUACAGUUCAUGAGAAUGAUCGAGUCUUGGGUAUUAGCGGCGGCGGCGGUAAUGGCGGCAGUGACGGUAGUAGUGGCGGUGAAGGAGGUGACGGCGGUGAUAACGAAGAAGAAGAAGAGAAAGAGUUUGGUCCAAUAAUGAGAUAUGAACAAAUAAUAAAGGAAGCAGAAACGCGUGGAGUUCAACUUCCACAUGAUAUGAUUGAAGCUGCCAAAACUACUGGGAUUCGUCAAUUGUUUGUCCUUCGUUACCUCGAUCUUCAGGGGUCAGUUUGGCCACUUGGCUUUUUGAUGAAAUACUGUACUAUGUUGCGCAAUCGAAUGCUGGCUGAUCCCUCUUUUCUUUUUAAAGUUGGAACUGAGAUAGUUAUUGAUUCUUGUUGUGCAACGUUUGCUGAAGUUCAUAAAAGGGGAAAGGAUUUUUGGUCUGAGUUUGAGUUGUAUGCUGCUGAUCUUUUAGUUGGUAUUGUUGUUGAUAUUGCUUUGGUUGCUAUGUUAGCACCUUAUGCUCGAAUUGGCUGGCCUUCUGUGAAAAGUGGCCUUCUUGGAAAUUUACAACAGGCUUGUGCUGCUCUUCCUAGCAGUGUUUUUGAAGCUGAAAGGCCAGGAUGUAAAUUUUCUGUGAAGCAGCGUAUUGCUACAUACUUUUAUAAGGGUGUCUUGUAUGGUUCAGUUGGGUUCGGUUGUGGACUCAUCGGCCAGGGCAUUGCUAAUCUGAUCAUGACUGCCAAGCGGAGCAUUAAGAAAUCAGAAGAGGAUAUUCCUGUUCCACCUCUUGUGCAAAGUGCUGCUCUAUGGGGUGUUUUUCUUGCUGUAUCUUCUAACACUCGAUAUCAAAUCAUCAACGGACUGGAACGCGUGGUUGAAGGAUCGCCUUGGGCAAAACAGGUCCCUCCUGUUGCAAUGGCUUUCACAAUCGGUGUGCGAUUUGCCAACAAUGUCUAUGGUGGCAUGCAGUUUGUAGACUGGGCAAAGUGGAGUGGGGUACAGUAAUGGGUCGUCACUUAUACAAGUCAUGCCUUCAUUUCCACUCUGAAAACGACAACCAUCAGAAAUUGAAUUAGAGAAGGAGGGAUUUUACAUGUAGUUAAAGUUUUAGCAUUAGUUUUCUGUCAAGAAGCCUUUCUGUUUUUGGUUGGCUUCGUCAUUGCCCAUUUCCAUCCAGUUGCUGGUCUACAGUCUACUUACAAACUUUGGGUUAGUUCUUUUAGUACUGGGGAGGUUGGUCUUUUGGUACCAUAAUCUUAGUUAAUAUGACAAUAGGCUUAAUUGCAAAAAGAAAUCUAAUAUUUUACAUAUACUAUUAUUUCACACUUAAA